CUCAAAGUUGCCGGCAUUACAGUCCUAUUCUAGCCACUGUACCGGCAUUGCCGUUUGGCGCGUGGUGCUUGCGUGCAGAGAUUGUAACGUUAAUUUGGUAAUCCUAAUCCUCUACCCCUCAAGAUGUCGUUCAAAGGAGGCCCUGGACAGAAAGUCCAGAAGGUUAUGGUGCAACCUAUUAACCUCAUCUUCAGAUAUCUGCAGAAUAGAGCACGAAUUCAAGUUUGGCUGCUCGAUAUUAAUUACCUGAGAAUUGAGGGCCACAUUAUCGGUUUUGAUGAAUACAUGAACCUUGUGCUAGAUGAUGCAGAAGAAAUCUGUACCAAGCCUAAGUAUCGUAAACAAGUUGGGCGGAUCCUUCUGAAGGGCGAAAACAUCACACUAAUUAUGAGCGUACAGAACAUGUGAAUGGGGCCAAGUGCCUAGUGAACUGUGCCCAGGAUAUUUCUACCAUUUUUUAUUUCCAUUUCAUGUACAUAAUCAGUUUAAGAUUAGUGAAGAUGCUUCAUGAGAGCUUUUUGUGUUUUUUUUCUUAUGAUAUUACAUUGAGAUGGACUGAAUCACUAUUGCAGCUGCUGUGAGGCUUUUCCUCAUUUCAACACUGAUGCACAAAAUUGAAUCGACAUGUGUGAUACCCAUAAGCUGGCCAAUCGUGUAGCAGUAUGAUGUAUUUACUUUUACUGGUGGAAUUCCAAAUGUGGUCUCUAGAGUUUUUGAAAGGCAACUGAUAUCUAGUUUUUUUUCUGUAACUGAAGUAAUCUUUCCUCAUGCAACAGCAUAAAUAAAUAAAAAUAGAAGACAGAUGGCAGAGGUGACAAGAGUUUCAUGGCUAUGUAGUGGAUCCUUUUUCUAGAGAUUUUAGUGUAUGUCAUCAUGUAAAGAGUGUUGGAUAGGUCUCAGAAUGAAGCUCACGGGUGAGUGCUUUUUAUGCAUAAGGCUGAGGUCUCCGAUUUAUGAAAAUCAAAUUGUUUUUUUGUGUGUGAACACCUUGUGAACUGAAGCUCAAUCAUUUGUUAAAUACCUACUGUUGCAGGGCUUCUCUGACCGCUGUCAAUUAUUUUAGCGUUUCCCCAUUCUGGGUAUGAUGUUCAACUGUCAGAAAUGACCGUUUGCACAGUCUUUUCAUUGUGUGCAAAAGAAUAUGCAGAUGCAGCAAUGUGAGUAGUGGACUUGUGUGCAAAGGGUGGUUCCAAUUCUCGUACGUUGCAUGGAAAAGCACUCAAUGUAGACAAAUAUUUUUCUCGGCUAAUUGCAUUAUUUUAGUUAGAAGUUGUUUUGCUUACAGUCAUGGUGAGAUGUUAACAGCACUGAGGCAGACAAAAUGCAAAACACUGUGGAAGGUGCUAUUAGGGGCAUGCUGUAGUCUUGCAAAGUGUAUGUACUAGGUUAAAAGGCGAAUAUCUCAUUUAUUAAGCCAAAAUCAGUAUUCAAUAAGCUAUAGCUCACAUUUGACAGAGUUUGUGCUGAUUAGGCCAAAUUUAGCAGUAUGCAAUGUUGCUUGCAAUUUGUCAGAAUUGCAGUUCAAAGUAGCUCUAGUAAUUUGCUACUCGUGCACAGAUGAGGAACUGUAGUUUAUAACCUGUAGACAUUUUUUUGUUUAGGAGCGAAGCUAUUUAGGCCCACAAUCUGCCGUCACCAUCGAAGCUGCCUGGCACUGUGCCAGCUGUGGCGCCUCUCCCCCCCCCCCCCCCCUCACGUGAAAGGAUAAAUGAGCUUUAUGAACGCUGGAACGCGGAUGACAUCUGCAGAGCUAUAAUUGCGUCUCUCAUAAUCAUAUGGUGGUUUUGGGACGUUAAACCCCACAAAUCAAUCAGUGCAGAGCUAUAAUUAAAGUUUGCAGCAAAGAACACGCAAGCCACAAAUAUUGUGGAAUGACCCCUUUAAGGCCUGACUACACAUGCGUGUGGAAGCCCAUCAGAGCGUAACUUUUAAGGACAUGACAUCGUGCCCUCUUUCUAUGGAGAGGGUGUCAGUAGUUAUUAGAACUACACUUUCUUUAUAAUUGCGAUAUCCGUGCAUUAUAAAUGCAAUGAAAGUGGUCAUUUUUGAAAAUUUUAGAGUGAAUAAUUCCAACUUAGCCUGCCACCUUGAAUCCUUGAAAAACUUGCAUUAGAUCCUGAAAAGUCCUUGAAUAUCCUCGAUUUUUUCUCUUUGGAAACCUGUACAAACUCUGGAAACGAAAAAAAAAAAAGCUUUUUCGCACGUUGGGGAUUGUGCAGCCUGAGCCCUCUCGCCCUUUUCUCGAGCGUUUUGGGUUUUGGUGGAGGCAUACUGCCGUGCAGUAGUCGCCGGACGCUGCGAGUGCCUAAAGCCCCUAGAACUGUGCCAAAGCGUGCCUUCCAACUAGCGCGCGGAGCUGCGCUGCCGUGGAGAUCGCGGGAGGGAGGGAGGGAUCGGGGGAUUGCCGAGGCGCACCUCGGCAAUCCGCCGAGGUGCGCCUCGGCGGAUUGUCGGCGGAUUGUCAUUGGAAAUGACGAACGCCGUGCGCACCUCGCACGGCGUUCGUCAUUUCCGAAGGUGGGUAACAAUACUGUUCGAUAUAAACGUGCGAAAUUCUAUAUUUUUACAAAGAAAUUUCAAGGGGAUAACUUGCGAGUUCGAUAUACCAAAAAAUUCGAUAUAUGUGGGUUCGAUAUAACCGUGUUCGACCGUAUAGUGAUUUUUGCUGUAGGUAUCGUAAUAAAUAGCUGCUCAUGUUUAGCAUGUGUUGUAUGCCUUUUGUGUACCAUCUAAGUGCUGUUAACAUAUUUAUAUUGCAGGGAGUCAUUCCACCAAAUCUUUUGUAUCUAUGUCAUUCGUUCUUAUUAAAGUAUGUCAUUCUAAACAUC